AUGACGGAACCGCAGUGUGAUCUCGCUCGCCUCCUGGGUCUCGCGCAGCAGGUUGCAGCGACGCUCCCGACGCUGGGAUAUGUUGGAUUUGACUCAUCGCUGGGAUGGAGAGAUGAAAGGCGUGUUCCGCGGUGGUUUUGCGUGGUGUCCCGCGAUGGUGAUAUUCCCCAGCUGGAAUUGCUCUCGCGAGAGCAAGGAGAGGAGCUGGAGCUACGGCUCUCUAGCCUAGAUCGCUCGUGA